GUCGGACCAUCCUUCAGAGCUCUUUAACAUAUCAGUAGUUUCAUUUAUCACUAAAAUGUUUAGAGCUUUGAUAAUUUUUAUCGUUCUUGUCGGAAUAAAUUGUGCGAAAUUUCCUUCCGACCUUCAAAAAUGUAAAUACGGUGACAUGACAUGUGUUAUUAAAGUCGCGAAUGAGAUAAUGGCUCGGUCUGCAAAUGGACUCCCUGAGCUCGGCUUUCCUAGCACUGACCCUCUAGUAAUCAACAGAAUUGGUCUCAAUCAAGACGGAGACAGACCAGUUGUGCUUAAUAUUGAAUUGAGUGAUUGUAAAAUGUCUGGACUUCCAACAACGAAUUUUACAACAAUUCAAGGUUUUAGUGAUAACAUCGACAAGGCUAAAAUACUCUUAAAGUAUAAACAAGACCAUAUUCAGUUAUUCGGACCAUACAAAGCAAAAGGGAAAAUAUUGGUGCUUCCGAUGAACGGUGAUGGAGAGGCCAACAUAACAUUCACUGGAGUUGAUGGCAUUGUUAAAAUGUUGACAAAGAAGAUUCUUAAGAAUGGAAAAAAUUACAUGCAGAUCGAUAAGCUGCGAAUGAACUUUGAUGUUAAACGGGCAUCAUUCAACUUCACAAAUCUCUUCAACGGAAAUGUUCAACUUGGCGAUGCACUCAAUAAAUUCAUAAACGAGAACUGGAAAGAUAUUUUGAAUGAUUUAAAGCCAGCAAUGGCAGAUUCAUUAGGAUCUAUUUAUAAGUCACUUUUAGACAAUAUGUUUAGUAAUAUUCCAUAUGAUGAAUUCUUUGAGAAAUAAAGUAGCUUCUAAACAGUAUUGAAUUACAAAAGUAAGGAUAUAAAUGUAAACAAGAGCAAUAAGAAUAAUAAACUUUUAAGGACAAUCUACUUAACAAAAAAAAUAUGUCAUCCUUAACAGGCAA